UGUAAAAAUGGAUGAGUUAAAGUUGAAGGCAUUCAUGAUCCUCUCAUCUCUUGUUUCUCUAUUAAUCUUGUUAAUUAACCGAAUUUUCCUGAAAUCCUCAAACAAAAGGAAACUGCAAAGCUACCGAUAAUCGGAAACCUACAUCAGCUGAGCUCCCUCCCUCACCACGAUCUGCACUCCCUGGCCCGAAAACACGGCCCGCGACAUCAUGAAAACUCACGACCACAACUUCUCCAACCAGCUGGAGUUCAAGGCGCUGAAGAAGCUCCUCUACAUCAGCUCAGCCCACUACGGAGAAUACUGGAGGCCGAUGAAGAGCAUCUUUGCCCUACAGAUGCUGAGCAGCAAAAGGGUUCAGUCCUUCGGCUCCAUAAGGGAAGAAGAAACGGGCCUUCUCGUGAAGAUGAUUGGGGAAUUUGAGUGAGAUGAUUGCGCAGAUGAAUGGUGAUGCGGCUUUCGGGAGGAAAUACAGUGAGACCGAAAAUGGAAAAAAGUUUCUGCGUUUGAUGAAGGAUUUCAUGGAGCUUAUAGGGUUUAUUAAUAUUGGUGAUUUUAUUCCUUUGGUCGUGUUAAUGGUUUUGAUAGGAGGCUUGAUACCACUGCCAAACAGAUGGAUGAGGUUUUGGAGAGUGUGAUUCAACAACGCCAACGAAGAUUUUGUCGAUGUUUUGCUCCAAAUCUACAACAAUCAGACUCAUGAUUCCUCCUCCAUUGAUCGCGACACCAUCAAAGCCUUGCUUUUGAAUGGGUGAUGUCCGAACUCUUACGACAUCCAAGGGGGAUGGAGAAGUUGCAACUCGAGGUACGAGGCAUUGUUAAGCAGAAACAACAUAUAACACAAGAAGAUCUAGAAAAAAUGGGGUACAUGAAGGUUGUGAUCAAGGAAACCAUGCGUCUCCAUCCACCAAUCCCAAUGCUUGCACCUAGAGUUGCAAACAAGGAUGUGCAGAUCAAAGGCUACGACGUUUCAGCUGGAACCCUAGUGAUGAUCAAUGCGUGGGCCAUGGGGAGGGACCUAGCCUUGUGGGAUGAACCAGAGAAGUCUACUCCUGAAAGAUUCUUGAAUUCUUCAGUAGAUUUCAAAGGGCAAGAUUUCGAGUUGAUCCCGUUUGGGGCGGGAAGAAGGGGAUGCCCUGGGGUCACAUAUGCUACUGUUACAAUGGAGCUUGUGUUAGCGAAUCUAGUGCAAAAAUUCGAGUGGAAAUUGCCUAAUGGGAUUGAGCCAAAACACUUGGACAUGACUGAGAGCCCUGGGAUCACUAUCCAUAGAGCUCUUCCUCUUCUUGCACUUGCCUCUCACGCUCAAUAAUUGGACAACUUCUAAAUGUUUACAAACGUAUGGUUUUGUCAUAUGCAGUGUUUGUAAAUUGUAAUAAUGUAUAUAGAAUAUGCCUUUGAGAGAUCUUCGCACCUUUAUAUAUAUUUUUUUUCA